AUGGCGGCGCCGAGCGCGGUGUCUCGGCCCGCCCUCCCGCCGAGAGAGCUGAUGGCUGCUGACCGGAGGCGUAGGCUGCCGGCUGCCUGCGGCAUGCACCCUGACCACCAGGAAGCACUGAAGAGGAACCGUGUGCUGUUGGCCAAGCAGCUGGUGCUGACUGAGCUGCUGGAACACCUAUUGGAGCAGGACAUCCUCACCCCGGAAAUGCGCGAGCUGAUCCAGACCCGAGUGGGCAGUUUCAACCAGAACGUGGAGCUCCUCAACCUGCUACCCAAGCGGGGUCCCCUGGCCUUUGAGGUCUUCUGUGCAGCCCUGCGGGACACCAAGCAGGCUCACCUGGAGGAGCUGCUGCUGGCCACCCUCGGGGCUCUCCAGUGUGGCCCCCGGCUGAGCUGUGACUACGACCUGGGUCUCCCACUUCCUGUCUGUGAGUCCUGUCCCCCGCUCAAGCAGCUGCGCCAGACUACAGACACCCUGGAGCACUCCCUAGACAGUGGAGAUGGCCCGCCCUGCCUGCAGGUGAAGGUGUGCACGCCCGAGUUCUACCAGACACACUGCCAGACGGCCUACAAGAUGCGGGCACAGACUCGAGGGCUGGCCCUGGUGCUGAGUAACGUACGCUUCACUGGAGACAAAGACCUGGACUUCCGCUCGGGAGGCGAUGUGGACCAUAGCACCCUGGUCACCCUCUUCAAACUACUGGGCUACAAUGUUCACGUUCUUCUCAAUCAGACGGCACAGGAGAUGCAAACCAAGCUGCAGGACUUUGCCCAGCUGCCGGCACACCGCCUCACAGACUCCUGCGUGGUGGCACUGCUCUCCCACGGGGUGGAGGGCGCCAUCUAUGGAGUGGACGGAAAACUGCUCCAGCUGCAGGAGGUCUUCCGGCUCUUCGACAAUGCCAGCUGCCCAAACCUGCAGAACAAACCCAAGAUGUUCUUCGUGCAGGCCUGCCGUGGAGAUGAGACGGACCGUGGAGUUGACCAGCUGGACGGGAAGAACCAGGAGCAGUCCCCCGGCUGCGAGGAGACAGAUGCCGACUCAGAGGGGCUUCUAAAGGCGCGGCUGCCCACACGUUCAGACAUGAUCUGCGGCUAUGCCUGCCUCCGAGGCACGGCCGCCAUGCGGAACACCAAGCGGGGUUCCUGGUACAUCGAGGCGCUGGCUCGUGUCUUCUCGGAGCGGGCCUGCAACAUGCAUGUGGCCGACAUGCUGGUUGAGGUGAACGCGCUUAUCAAGGAGCGGGAAGGCUACGCCCCUGGAACCGAGUUCCACCGCUGCAAGGAGAUGUCCGAGUACUGUAGCACCCUGUGCCGCCACCUCUACCUCUUCCCGGGACAGCCACCCACCUGA